CUCAGCAACAAUUAAAUAACUUCCAUAUAACCAUCAACUGAACUCUUUUUUAGCUCUUAUUCUAAGUAUAAAUAAAUAUAAUCUACUUUGAUUCCUCUUCCUAAGCAUACCCAUCCACAUGUCUUGCUGCUAUGCCGUCCUCUAAAUUCCCGCAGAUCCAACCAGGCGGCUCCUUGAUCGUCGCAUGGCAGGUCAAGAACAAGCACAUUCUAGUGGUUGGUGGUGGUGAGGUAGCAGCCGGCCGCAUAGUGCAUGCGCUUAAUGCCGAUGCAAAGGUAACCGUUAUCAGCCCAUCCUCAGGUCUCAACGAUGAGGUCUCCUACCGCAUCGCCUCGAAACAAGUCUCGCACAUCGACCGCAAAUUCGAGCCUCGCGACCUUGAUCCCGACGAUGAUAAUGGUGUUGGGGUGGUAGACAUGGUGCUCGUUGCCGUCGAUGACCCAGAGGCGUCGACGCAGAUCUGGAAGCUGUGCAAGGAGCGCAGGAUUCCCGCGAAUAUAGCCGAUGUACCAUCAGAGUGUGACUUUUACUUUGGAAGCGUGCACCGCGAUGGGCCCUUGCAGAUCAUGGUGAGUACAAAUGGGAACGGACCGAAGUUGGCCAGUAUGGUGCGGAAGGAAAUUGCGCGGACAUUGCCAAGGAACACAGGGGCGGCGAUUGAAAACGUUGGCAAGUUGCGGAGGAGGCUUAGAGAGAUCGCUUCUUCACACAAAGAUGGGCCCAAGAGAAUGAAAUGGAUAUCACGGAUAUGCGAAAUGUGGAGCCUAGAAGAACUCGUAGAGAUGGACGAGGACGAUAUCGAGACUCUGCUUGGCUACUAUCCCUCAGACAAGGUGCCGACGUUCGAACAAGUGCGCCUGGGAGAAAAAGCCAGCUUGACUGCCUUUGACGGGAGUAUGGGCUUUAGCUGUUGAUAGGGAGCUUUCCCUCCGAAUGUAUAAAUUGUUAUUGUAUUGGCUGGAUAGGUGCGAGUGGAAGUGAUUGUAUGCUAAUGCACAUUUACCGGUGCGUAUACAAAUUCCUAAUUGUUUGCAAUAAUGUGCGGCAAGCCUAAGCAUGGUAAUGGCGAUCUCUUAUGGACUGAAGCAUGUAAGAGUAUAAACUAAAUUAGCAUGUUCAUAUUAUAUGGUGUUGGAGAAUUGAAAUUUUUAUGGGCCUUGUUCAUGAUCCAACGAUCAUCAUUUCAGCCAAAACCGACAACGGCAAGAGCAGGCAAUCGAUUAUAUAAAUAGAGAGGUAUACAUAUAUGAAAACGCGCGAAAUCUAGAUUAGAAAAAACGCCAAGCGCAUUGACCACAGAGGAGAAUAACUAAAUAAUAAACAAAAACAUGAUCAAACCAAGGAAGUCUAGGUAGGUGUACAGGGCAAAAGAGGGCGUCGG